AUGCGUUCGUCGCAGCAUAAAGCCUUGGCAUCGUAUCUGAUUCACCACUACGCUAGCGUUGCAAAGAACGGCAUUCGGUUUGAAACGGAGCACGUGGUACCGCGCCAGAGUCUCUUUGAUAACCCAUCCAAUCGGAUUUCGGACCACAUCCCGAUAGGGAAUAGCGCUCCGAUCGGCGGGCCGGAUCGAGAACUCGGAAUGGCAGAAAGUCAGACUCCGAGCUCGACAGUCGAUGUCCGUGAUCGGGAAAGAGAGUGGCAAGAAUGGGGGCAAUCGCUUACCCUCGGACUGGACUCAGGCACAAAUGGUGCCCACGACUCAAAGGCGGCUUCGAAUAGCCGAGCGCUCUCUUGA